CGGACGCCGCUGCCGAGGCAUAUUCGUUUCUGGGCUCUCGUCACGAGUUAUCGUGUACCUCGUCGCUAGUUCAAUUGUUACAAGAAGCUUCGAAGAAGUUCGAAAAAAAACUACCGAGCAACAUGAGGGAAAUCGUCCACAUUCAAGCCGGCCAGUGCGGUAACCAAAUUGGCGCAAAGUUUUGGGAAAUCAUUAGUGACGAGCAUGGCAUCGACCCAACCGGUACUUAUCACGGUGACUCCGAUCUUCAAUUGGAGAGAAUCAACGUGUACUACAAUGAAGCGUCCGGUGGAAAAUACGUACCACGUGCCAUACUCGUCGAUUUGGAGCCAGGCACGAUGGACUCCGUUCGCUCGGGACCUUUCGGACAGAUAUUCAGACCAGACAACUUCGUAUUCGGACAAUCCGGAGCCGGUAACAACUGGGCGAAAGGUCAUUAUACCGAGGGAGCCGAACUGGUAGACUCUGUUCUCGAUGUAGUUAGGAAAGAAGCCGAAAGCUGCGAUUGCUUACAAGGUUUCCAACUGACCCACUCGUUGGGCGGUGGUACCGGAUCUGGUAUGGGAACACUGCUCAUCUCAAAAAUUCGCGAAGAAUAUCCUGAUAGGAUCAUGAAUACAUACUCUGUUGUACCGUCUCCGAAAGUAUCAGAUACUGUCGUAGAACCGUAUAACGCAACGCUUUCUGUACAUCAGUUGGUAGAAAACACAGAUGAAACUUACUGCAUCGACAACGAGGCCCUUUACGAUAUUUGCUUCCGUACUCUGAAAUUAUCUACACCCACCUAUGGCGAUCUGAACCACCUCGUCUCCCUUACGAUGUCUGGCGUCACCACCUGUCUAAGGUUCCCUGGCCAGUUGAAUGCCGAUCUGAGGAAACUCGCCGUGAACAUGGUACCGUUCCCGCGACUCCAUUUCUUCAUGCCAGGUUUCGCACCGCUUACCUCCCGUGGCAGCCAACAGUACAGAGCUCUCUCUGUGCCCGAGCUCACUCAACAGAUGUUCGACGCGAAGAACAUGAUGGCAGCGUGCGAUCCAAGACAUGGCAGAUACCUCACAGUAGCAGCGAUUUUCCGUGGCAGAAUGUCGAUGAAGGAAGUCGACGAGCAAAUGCUCAACAUUCAAAACAAGAACAGCUCCUACUUUGUCGAGUGGAUCCCGAACAACGUGAAAACGGCCGUUUGCGACAUCCCACCACGUGGCUUGAAGAUGUCUGCCACCUUCAUCGGCAAUUCGACGGCUAUCCAGGAGUUGUUCAAGAGAAUCUCCGAACAAUUUACCGCUAUGUUCAGGAGAAAAGCUUUCCUUCAUUGGUAUACUGGAGAGGGUAUGGACGAGAUGGAAUUCACCGAGGCCGAGUCAAACAUGAACGAUCUGGUCUCGGAAUAUCAGCAGUACCAGGAAGCCACUGCCGACGAGGAUGCGGAAUUCGACGAGGAACAGGAAGCAGAAGUCGACGAAAAUUAAACAUCGACUCUACUUUAUUCUACAUACUGUCUGUACUCUAUCAUUCAUCCAUCAUUGUCCUUCGCUCUUCUACUGCUUUUUAACUUUGCGUUUAUUUCUUUCCUCCUAUUCUGUCUCCCCCUUUUUAAUUUCUUUUUUACUGAUGUCGGGCGCGCUUUUUUCAUCAGUACCACACGAACAUAGACACAUACACUCGCAUUCUUUGGAUAAUUUGAUUAGUAAAUCGUUUUUAUCGAUUUUUUUUUCUAUAUUCGUUUGUUUGAAUUACAUAGUUUGCGA